CACUCAGCCCAUUUAGUUAUUCAAUUUGCUUUAAUAUCUAAUCUAUUUGCCUAUAGCGUUUUCAGAAAUUUUACGACAGUUUCAUCCAUACGGUUAAUACAAAUUACAUUUGGAAAACCAAUGAGAGAUGCUUGGCCCAAACCAAUAUGUGAUAUAUUUAGUACACGAUUAGAAGAAGUAAGAACGACUAGAAAAGGAUUCUUUAUAAAAGAUGAAUUUUUUGAAGUACCGCGUGUUGGAUAUACUCAAGAGGGUUAUUUUACCACUUCAUAUAGCCCAAUUUUCAAAUCAGACGGUACAAUUUGUGCCAUAUUAGAUAUUGCACAAGAAACUACUCAAAAUAUUUUAAAUACUAGAAGAUUAAAAACUCUGAGCGAAUUUGGAAAGCGGGUUCCUGAAAUUGAAUCUUUAGAAAGUGUCUGUCAUAUUAUGACGGAUGUAUUAAGUAAUAAUAUAGAUAUUUCUUAUGCAUUAAUUUAUUUUGUCGAACACAAAUUAAAUGCUAGUUUGGAAUCGUUGAUCGCCCGACUAAUCUCCACGACCUUCGAUAAAGAUGGUAAAGAUGAAAGGGAUAUUCCUGAUUAUUUACCAGAAACACCUGAGAUAGUUUAUUUAGCCGAAGAUGUUAAUAAGAAUUGCGACACAUACAUAGAAUUAAAACAGGAUGCUGAUUUAAAAUAUAUCCGGACAACGUGCGUAACUCACAUGCAUAAAAAUUUAAAAUCUCAAACGCCGGUCAACAGUUGGAGUGCAAAAUUCAAUAAUAUAAAUGCCGGAUAA